AUUCUUUUAUUAUUAACAAACUCAGAUCUAAGAAUUUUUCUCAUGCAGCUCUAAAUUUUUCUUCUUGCUUGGCACACGAGCAAUAUUUAAAGUAAUUUGCGAUAUUUUAUUCAAGUCGGUGUCAAAUUAAAAAAAAAUAUUAAAGAAUCGGUUUCUUGACUUUUUUUGCUAUUGCUUAAAAAAAUCAUGGCUGUACCCCAACGGUUGAUAGCAAAAGACGAAAUGGUGACUCUGCCAGCAAAAUCCCUCGUUUCGAUACUGUCGGCUAUCAGAAAUCUGCAGGAACACAAAGGGUCUUCGGCUAAAGAAAUUAUUCACUAUAUCUCGUCUGUACACAACAUUCCACCUGAAACAGUUAGACGAAAAAUGCAAACCGUUUUGAAGCGAGGAGUCGCUCAUGGCAUCCUGAAAGAAGUUGAUGGUCGCUAUAGCCUGCCUAUUGAUACCGAUGACAAAUGUCUUGAAAUUGCAGAACAGGAACUGGGCUUGAUAGACUUUUGCAGUCGAGUGCGUCAACGCAAACUGCAAGCUCGCAAACCAAGAAGGCGCAUACGUAAGAGCAAUGCUCGCAAGCAUAAGAGUAGCAGACGAACGCGAAAGGCACGUAAAAUUAAACAAGGAAAGGGAAUAUCAGGAAUAAGGAGGAAGAGCAAAACAAGAAAGAAGCCCACAAAAAUCAUACCUGCCAGUAAAAUGCCUAGAAGCUAGAAAACAAUCUAAUGUCUCUCACCCCCUUUGAAAAACGGCCAGCAAUGUCCAUAAAAAAAGUUGAUCAGAAAGCCGCACGUCCUGUAGCAGCAGGAGUUUCUGGGCCAGAAAAAUUGGACCAGGAAUUAUCCUUGUUGUUUAAAUAUUUUAUUAAAGUUUUACAUCCAGUCUUUAUCUA